UACACAGCCGAACUCUGUACUAUCGUUACAGCCAAUAACACACUACCUUCCUGAACCCUAAACAUCAAAAAGCGGUCGAGCCUUCACUGAAAAAUCACCCAUUUCAUUGAAGUCGCACCACUCCUCUUUCGAUUUUCUCUCACUGCUACAGAGGGACACGAAUCGAGUUCUAGGGUUUCCAUUCUUCUGCACGGCGUGGCCCAAAUCAGGAGAGAGAAAGAGGGAAACCUAGAGAGAGAAAGGACACAGGUUUCUCGAUUUUUUCAACAAGAUAAUCAUUGAGCAUGGCAACUGCGGAGCCAGCAUCAGCUUCCCUUGGUCCUCGGUAUGCACCUGACGAUCCCAGUCUGCCAAACCCCUGGAAGGGAUUAAUUGAUGGAAGCACUGGUCUUCUAUAUUACUGGAAUCCUGAAACUAAUGUCACCCAGUAUGAAAAGCCGACUGCUUUGCCACCUCCUUUGCCGCCAGGGCCACAUCCCACCUCAUCUACACCUAAGCUGGCUCCUAUACCAGGGGUUCAAACAAUGCAACAAAAUGGUGUUCUGGGCCAGCAUGGGCAGCAAGUGACGCAGACCCCACAACAGCAUGGGCAACAAAUGACCACUUUAUCACAGCAGCAUGCACAACUAAUUCCACAGGUCGCUCAACAAAAUAGCUCACCAUUAGCACAAGCUGGGCAACAACAAGGAUCACAAAUAGGACAGACCAUGCAACAGCAUUUGCAGCUGCCAACUCAACAAUCUGAGCAGCAAAUGAUACAGCAACCGAAUCAGAAAAUACUAUCACAGCCAGGACAGCAAAUGCCACAGUCGGGACACCCAAUGCAACAACAGUCAAUGCAGCAAAUGCAACAGCAGCUGGGGCAGCAAACACAGUUGUACCAAGGCUCACAAAUGGGACAACCGCAGGGACAGCAAUUUUCACAACAACAGAUGCCAUACAUGGCCUAUCAGCAUAAUGUUCUUCCACAAGGGCAGCAAAGUUCACAACCGCAGACUCAGCAUAUCACACAUGGACAGCAGUUUCCCCACCAACAAGAGCAUAAGGCAGGAUUCCCGCAUAGAGAGGAUGUUGAUUUCCAGAAAGGAAAGCAAAUUGGGUUUUCUCCAUCACAUAUUCAACAGAUCGGUGUGCCAAAUGUUCAAAAUACACCUUCAGGAACCAAUUCCAUUCAAAUGCCGCAGAUGGGUGUUCAGCCUGGUCAAAUGCAACAGUUUGGUAGCUCAUCCAUCAAUAUGCAACAGCCCGCUUCUUUGGCUCCAUUGCAGCAAAGUGGGAUUGAUUUAGUUCACCAGCAGCGUGGUCCCAUUGUUCAAAAUCAGACAGGCCCGGGAAUGUUGCAUAACCAACAGUCCAAUUUGCCCCCUGUUGGUUUGAAGAUGGGGUACGAAGAAAUUCCAACAGGAAGACCUGGAAAUGAAUAUUUCUUUAACGCUAACAAAGAUGGGCCUCCUAUAAUUCCCCAGCAGCCUAAGCUUGCAGCAAUACCCAUGGCAAGAAAUCAGCAGGACAUGAGGAUGGGUGGUGUUCCACAUCAAAAUGUUGCACCUGGUGUUACCGGUGGAUUGCAUGUUGUACCAGGGCCUUCCUCCCAAAACAUGUACAGUCAUGCAACUGGUGGUCAGACAUUUCCCGGUAAUGCUUUAAUGCGGCCUCUUCCUUCUACAAAUAUGGGAUCGUCUGAUGCCAUUCAUCUCUCCCCUGUUGACGUUUACCGUCAGAAGCAUGAAGUUACAGCAGCGGGUGACGAUGUUCCAGCUCCUUUCAUGACAUUUGAAGCCACAGGCUUUCCUCUAGAGCUACUAAGAGAAAUACACUAUGCCGGGUUCUCUUCUCCAACACCAAUUCAGGCGCAGACAUGGCCAAUAGCACUACAAAGUAGGGAUAUAGUGGCUAUUGCCAAAACAGGAUCUGGAAAGACACUAGGCUAUUUGAUUCCUGCCUUCCUUCUUCUUAGACAUCGCCGUAAUAAUCCCCAGAAUGGCCCAACUGUGUUAGUUCUUGCUCCAACCCGGGAGCUUGCCACUCAAAUUCAAGAUGAGGCCAUUAAAUUUGGCAAAUCUUCUAGGGUCUCUUGCACGUGCUUGUAUGGUGGAGCUCCCAAAGGCCCUCAAUUAAAAGAAUUGGAUAGAGGAGCAGAUAUUGUUGUGGCUACCCCUGGUCGGCUCAAUGACAUUCUUGAAAUGAAGAAAAUUGAUUUUGGGCAAGUUUCUCUUCUUGUGCUUGACGAGGCUGAUCGAAUGCUUGACAUGGGUUUUGAACCGCAAAUACGCAAAAUUGUGAAUGAGAUACCUCCACGCCGGCAAACUCUAAUGUACACAGCGACCUGGCCCAAGGAAGUUAAAAAAAUAGCUAGUGAACUUUUAGUUAAUCCUGUUCAGGUGAAUAUUGGCAAUGUUGACGAGCUUGCUGCAAAUAAAUCUAUCACGCAGUAUGUUGAAGUGGUGCCCCCAUUGGAAAAGCAGAAGCGCUUGGAGGAGAUUCUUAAUGCCCAAGAACGGGGUUCUAAAGCCAUUAUAUUCUGUUCUACGAAAAGGUUGUGUGAUCAGCUUACACGUAGUAUUGGGCGUAACUUUGGGGCUGCUGCAAUUCAUGGAGACAAGUCUCAGGGCGAGAGAGAUUGGGUUCUGAAUCAGUUCCGGUCUGGAAAGACCCCAGUUUUAGUUGCCACAGAUGUUGCUGCCCGGGGGCUUGAUAUCAAAGAUAUAAGGGUGGUCAUCAACUAUGAUUUUCCAACUGGGGUUGAGGAUUAUGUCCAUCGGAUUGGAAGAACUGGGAGGGCUGGGGCUACAGGAGUGUCGUACACCUUUUUCUCUGACCAGGACUGGAAAUAUGCUGCUGAUUUGAUAAAAGUUUUGGAGGGGGCUAACCAGCGUGUGCCUCCAGAAUUGCGAGAUAUGGCUUUGCGUGGUGGGCCCAGCUUUGGCAAAGAUCGGGGUGGGAUGAGCCGUUUUGAUUCUGGUGGUGGUGGUGGUGGGCGUUGGGAUUCUGGUGGCCGUGGUGGCAUGAGGGAUGGCGGCUUUGGUGGCCGCAGUGGUUCUAGGGAUGGAAAUUUUGGUGGCCGUGGUGGGAUGAGGGAUGGUGGUGGCUUUGGUGGCCGUGGUGGAAUGAGGGAUGGUGGCUUUGGUGGCCGAGGUGGAAUGAGAGAUGGUGGCAGGGAUGGUGGCUUUGGUGGCCGUGGUGGAAUGAGGGAUGGUGGCUUUGGUGGUCGUGGAGGCAUGAGGGACACCGGAUUUGGUGGCCCUGGCGGUGGUCACGUUGGUUGGGACAGGAAUGAACGAGGCCCACAAGAUCGGUACAACAUGGAUGGGAGGGGCCGGGGUCGAGGCCGGGGCCGAGGGCGGGGCAGGUUUGAUAACAGAAGGGACAUUACAGAUCGGAGCAGAGGCAGAAGUUAUAGCUCUAGUCCUGACAGGGUUCGAACAUGGGGCUAUAGCAGGAGCCGGAGCCGAAGCUCAAGCAGGAGCAGGAGUUAUAGCAGGAGUCGAAGCUGGUCCCGGAGCCGCAGCCCUCGUCGCAGCCGCAGCCGGAGCCGCAGCUAUGACAGAUAUGAAAGACCUGAAAGGCCCCGUAGAACAAAAUUUGAUCAGAAGGAACCAGAUAUGCCAGCAUUCCAGGCUCCUCCUGAAUCUAGGAUGUCUCCUAUGUCCCCAGGUACCGUACCUCAAGGCAAUGCAUUUUCUGGAGCUGAACCACAGGUUCAGUUACCAGUGGUUGACGGUAUUGAACCAGUGCAUCCGCCCAUGGGGGAUGAGUCGAGCAAUCCAGUGGUUGAAUCUUAAAGAUGUGAUACAGGUUUUAUGUGUUUUCUUCCGAGUGCGGUGCCUCAGUUUUAUUUUUCCAGUGGUUCUCCACUCACUUUUGUUGAGAAGACGGUUAAAUGUGGUGGUGAUAUUAUUGGCAGCAAGUUGAGGUUGGGCUGCUUAGGUGAUGAUUUGAUAUGAUGAUGAAAUUAAGAGCAAAUGAAUUAUCUUUCUGCAAUUGUUGUUGUGGAGAGUGGGUGCUAGCUAAUCUAGGAAGCUAUUUUUGGAGGUUGGACCUUAGGGCAGCUUCCCUUCUUCUUUCUGUAGGGGGCCUUUUUCCUGUAUUCAUCUGUUGGUAUUUGGAAUUGAGUUAUGCCAUUUAAUUGUUAGUCCCCUUUUGGGGAACUAGGGUUAGCAACUGCAAUGGUUUCCCUUAAAACUCCAAUGGUCACAAUGAUGACGUUGGUACGAAUUUAUCAUAAUUGUAAGAAAUAUUUUGCAAUGCAACCUUUUUUCUAUUGGAGUAGAA